UGGAUCUCACACACUCUCUUCUCAAACCUCCCUUUCUCUUUCCCUCUCUUUCCCUCUCUAGAGACGACGCCAUGGAAGCUCGACGAAGAUCUACACUCUUCUCCAUCUUCCUCGUUCUUCUCAUCAAUGGCGCACAUUGCUUCUACCUCCCUGGCGUCGCUCCUCAGGAUUUCGACAAGGGAGAUUCGUUGAUGGUAAAGGUCAACAAGCUGACCUCAAUCAAGACUCAGCUUCCGUACUCCUACUAUUCACUUCCUUAUUGCCGCCCUGACACCAUUGUUGACAGUGCGGAGAAUCUUGGUGAAGUUCUUCGUGGUGACCGAAUUGAAAAUUCUCCAUAUGUGUUCAAAAUGCGGGAACAUCAAAUGUGUAAUGUUCUUUGCCGGAAAACACUCGAUGCCAAAACAUCAAAGGAAUUUAAAGAGAAAAUUAAUGAUGAAUAUCGGGUCAAUAUGAUCCUCGAUAACCUUCCCUUGGUUAUGCCGAUAAGACGAGGAGACCAGGAUUUAACUCCUGUUUACCAGCUUGGCUAUUACGUUGGGCUUAAAGGGCAAUACGCUGGAACCAAGGAUGAAAAGUUUUUUAUCCAUAAUCAUCUGUCAUUUACUGUGCGGUACCACAAAGAUGCACAAACUGAGUUAUCAAGGAUUGUAGGGUUUGAGGUCAAGCCUUUCAGUGUCAAGCAUGAAUAUGAAGGGGAAUGGAGUGAGAAUACUCGUCUAACAUCCUGCGAUCCUCAUGCAAAUCGUUUGGUUACUAGCUCUAGUAACCCACAAGAAGUUGAAGAUAAGCAAGAAAUCGUAUUUACUUAUGAUGUUCAAUUUCAGGAAAGUGAGGUCAAGUGGGCAUCUAGGUGGGAUGCGUAUCUUCUAAUGAGUGAUGACCAGAUACAUUGGUUCUCAAUUGUUAACUCAUUGAUGAUUGUCCUAUUCCUCUCUGGAAUGGUGGCAAUGAUCAUGUUGCGUACACUAUACCGUGACAUCUCGAAGUACAAUGAACUUGAGACCCAGGAAGAAGCUCAGGAAGAAACUGGUUGGAAAUUAGUCCAUGGGGAUGUUUUCAGGCCUCCAACUAAUUCAGACUUGCUGUGUGUUUAUGCUGGAACUGGUGUUCAGUGCCUCGGGAUGAUGGUUGUCACCAUGAUGUUUGCUGUGCUUGGUUUCCUCUCACCCUCAAACCGUGGUGGGCUUAUGACUGCCAUGCUCUUUCUUUGGGUCUUCAUGGGUAUCUUUGCUGGUUAUGCCUCUGCCAGACUCUACAAAAUGUUUAAAGGAACAGAAUGGAAGCGAAUUGCUAUAAGGACUGCAUUCUUGUUUCCGGGAUCCGUGGCCAUUGUUUUCUUCAUUCUGAAUGCUCUCAUUUGGGGUGAGAAAUCAUCCGGUGCAGUUCCAUUCGGGACAAUGUUCGCCCUCAUCUUUUUAUGGUUUGGAAUCUCAGUCCCACUUGUUUUUGUCGGUAGUUAUGUUGGAUUCAGGAAGCAGAUAAUCGAAGACCCUGUCAAAACCAACAAGAUUCCAAGGCAAAUCCCAGAGCAAGCCUGGUACAUGAACCCCAUAUUCUCAAUCCUCAUUGGAGGCAUACUUCCAUUUGGUGCUGUUUUCAUCGAGCUCUUUUUCAUCCUCACCUCUAUCUGGCUGAAUCAGUACUACUACAUCUUUGGAUUCCUCUUCAUCGUGUUCAUGAUUCUUAUAGUAACAUGUGCCGAGAUCACCAUUGUACUUUGCUACUUCCAGCUCUGCAGUGAGGACUAUCUCUGGUGGUGGAGAUCUUAUUUGACAUCAGGUUCUUCCGCUCUGUACCUCUUCCUCUACGCAGCAUUCUACUUCUUCACCAAGCUUGAAAUCACAAAGCCUGUGUCUGGAAUGUUGUACUUUGGGUACAUGCUCAUUGCCUCUUAUGCAUUCUUUGUGCUCACUGGAACCAUCGGUUUCUAUGCAUGCUUCUGGUUUACCAGGCUUAUCUACUCCUCUGUGAAGAUCGACUGAGUAUCAUGAUAUACCCCCAUUAGGUUGGUGAACGGUGAGCAAAUUUUCCCACCCCCACAAAGAAAAAGAUAGCCACAUUCUUCUCAGAAUUAGUUAUUCUUGUGUACGUUGUUAGAUCGUAAAUGUUGGGAGAGGACUGUGAUCACAAUUAUAGUAUUAUUGAACGGCCACUGAUAUACUCCGUACGUAGACUGUUAAAGAUCAUGUAUUUUUCUUUCAUUCGUUUUUGUAAUGACAUAAUCCUCAAUCUUUAUUUUAUUCAUUACUGCUUCUUUUUUUUC